AAGCUAUGACUACACAUCGACCGCUUCGAUUUUUGUCUCAAAAUGACGUCACGUGACACGUCAUUGCUCUGUGAAAUCACAGCACCCUUGGUGUUUAUGUUGACUAUGCAGUCUACAAGAAAAUUCAAAACAAAGGCAGACGCUACAUAGUUUGUGGGAAGAAUUCAGGCAGGAGGUUAUAGGUUUGACGGGAGCGGAAGUAUUAGUAGUGGGCGCUGUUUUGGCUUGUGAAUUGGUCUGAUUCUGCUGAUUCAUCGGUGCAUUCGGUGAAAGCAAUCACGCUAUGACCGAACGAUAGACAGACGGCGCUGAGUAAUUGUAGUGAGUAGUGCAAAGAAUGCAGACCGGAAAGUGAGCUCGAAAAUUAGCGAGACAAAAAUUUAAAUAAUUGACUAAUAAAGCACAUCGCAUGUCAACAACGCAAAGCAAAAAUAUUCAAAAAGAAAUAAAGUGAAAUAGUUUAAAAUUUAUUGUAAAGAAAAUUUCGGAAGCUCUUUUUUAAAAAACGUAUUUGAAUUAUCCUUACUGAACAAAACACAAGCUACAUUUCAGUUUCAUUUUGUGGAGUGAAACAAAAUUAAAACAAAAAAUGCCCGUUUUUCAUACAAAAACCAUCGAGAGCAUUUUAGAUCCUGUCGCUCAACAGGUCUCUCGCCUCGUCAUCCUCCAUGAAGAAGCCGAAGAUGGCAACGCCAUGCCCGAUCUCAGUCGCCCCGUACAGGUGGUGUCGGCAGCUGUGGCCAAUCUCGUCAAAGUCGGCCGCGAGACCAUCAACAGUUCGGACGAUAAGAUCCUGAAGCAGGAGAUGCCCGCAUCGCUGCAGCGCGUCGAGACUGCCUCGCAGUUGCUGGAGGAGGCUUCCGAUAUGUUACGAGCCGAUCCCUAUUCGGGACCUGCGCGUAAGAAACUAAUUGAAGGAAGCCGCGGUAUACUGCAAGGCACCUCCUCGCUGCUGCUCUGCUUCGACGAGUCCGAGGUGCGCAAAAUCAUACAGGAAUGCAAAAGGGUGCUCGACUAUUUGGCCAUUGCCGAAGUGAUAAAUACCAUGGAAGAUUUGGUGCAAUUCCUCAAGGACCUCUCGCCGUGUCUGAGCAAGGUGGCGCGCGAGGUGGGCGCGCGUGAGAAGGAGCUGACACAUCAGGUGCACAGCGAAAUUUUGGUGCGCUGCUUGGAGCAAGUGAAAAUAUUGGCACCGAUCCUCAUCUGCAGCAUGAAAGUCUACAUACACAUCGUCGAGCAGCAGGGCAAGGGUGCGGAGGAGGCGGCCGAGAACCGCAACUACUUGGCGUCACGCAUGAGCGAUGAGAUACAGGAAAUUAUACGCGUGCUACAGCUGACUACCUACGACGAGGACACGAGCGAAUUGGACAAUUUAACGGUGCUGAAGAAGCUCAGCAAUGCCAUCAACAACAAGUCUGAGCUGGCUAACGACUGGCUUUCCAAUCCGUAUGCGCUGAAGGGCGGCGUUGGAGAGAAGGCGCUGCGCCAGAUAAUCGACAAUGCCCACGAAAUCUCGGAUCGCUGUCUGCCGCAGGAUGCAUACCCCAUUCGGCGCUUGGCGGACGAAAUCGCCGCCAUGACGAAUAGCUUAUGCGAGCUGCGCCAGGACGGCAAGGGCACUUCACCGCAGGCAGAGUCUUUGGCGCGCGCCAUACGCGGCAAGCUCGGCGACCUGCAAUCCCUGGUACGCAACGCCGUCGUCGGCGUGGACAAGGCAGGCCUGCAGCAAACCGCGCACACCAUCCAAGGCCGUCUGGAGCAGGCCGUCAAAUGGCUCCAGCAUCCCGAAAUCAACGACGGGGGCUUAGGUGAGCGCGCCGUCAACCUGAUUGUGGAGGAGGGGCGCAAGGUUGCCGAGGGCUGCCCGGGUCAUCAGAAGGCGGAAAUCAAUCAACUCUGCGACGAGGUUGAGCGUCUCAAGCGCCAAGCGGCGGGCAACACACCAGCUGCCAAAGAGGCCGCUAAGCAGCUGACGCACAAGCUGCACGAACUGAAGGCCGCCAUACAGAACGCGCUGGUCAACCGCAUCGUGCAGGACUUCAUGGACGUCAGCACACCGCUGAAACAGUUCACCGAGGCGGUUAUGCUGCCCGAGGGCACGCCUGGCCGCGAGCAGAACUUCAAUCAGAAAUCGAACAAUCUACAGGCAUUUAGCGAUCGCGCCUCCAAGACAUCGCGCAUGGUGGCCGCGGGUGGCGCUUGUGGCAACAAGAAGAUCGCCGAGAUUUUACUUUCCUCGGCGUCGCAGGUGGACUCACUGACGCCACAGCUCAUCAAUGCCGGUCGCAUACGCAUGAACUAUCCGGCCAGCAAGGCAGCCGACGAGCACUUGCAGAACUUGAAACAGCAGUACGCCGACACUGUGCUGCGCAUGCGCACACUCUGCGAUCAGGCCACCGAUCCAAGCGAGUUCAUCAAGACAUCCGAGGAGCACAUGCAAAUGUACGCGAAGCUGUGCGAGGACGCCAUCGUGGCUAAGCAGCCGCAGAAGAUGGUCGAUAAUACAUCGAAUAUAGCGCGCCUGAUCAACCGCGUGCUGCUGGUGGCCAAGCAGGAGGCGGACAACUCUGAGGAUCCGGUAUUCACGCAGAAGUUGAAUGCGGCGGCGAACAGGCUGGAGAGCUCGCUUCCCGCAAUGGUGGGCGAGGCGAAGCGCGUAGCGACAAAUAUCAACGAUCCAGCCGCGGCGCAGGCAUGGAAAUCGGCAUUCCAGCGGCUGCUGGGGGAUGUACGCGAUGUACGUUCCGCCAUUGCGCCAACACCGCCACCACUGCCCACUUCACUGCCACCACCGAUACCAGAGCUCAGCGCGCUGCACAUCUCCAAUCAAAAUGCCGAACGCGCGCCACCGCGUCCGCCCUUACCACGCGAAGGCCUAGUGCCUGCGCGCCCACCACCGCCAGAAACGGACGACGAGGACGAAGGCGUCUUCCGCACAAUGCCACAUGCCAACCAGCCAAUUUUGAUUGCCGCUCGCGGCCUCCACCAAGAGGUGCGCCAAUGGUCGUCGAAGGACAAUGAAAUCAUUGCCGCCGCCAAACGCAUGGCCAUUCUGAUGGCGCGCCUCAGUGAGCUGGUGCUCUCCGAUUCGCGCGGCAGCAAGCGUGAGUUGAUCGCCACCGCCAAGAAGAUUGCCGAAGCGUCGGAAGAUGUGACGCGCUUGGCGAAGGAGCUGGCGCGCCAGUGUACAGAUCGUCGCAUACGCACCAACUUGUUGCAAGUGUGCGAGCGUAUACCCACCAUUGGCACGCAGCUGAAGAUUUUAUCCACUGUGAAGGCGACUAUGUUGGGCGCGCAAGGCUCUGAUGAGGAUCGUGAGGCCACCGAGAUGUUGGUGGGCAAUGCGCAAAAUCUGAUGCAGAGCGUCAAGGAGACAGUGCGCGCGGCCGAAGGCGCCAGCAUUAAAAUUCGCUCAGAUCAGACGAGUAAUCGCCUGCAAUGGGUGCGUCGCCAGCCGUGGUAUCAGUACUAGGCGAUUUAUGGAUUUUUUUUUUAAUGCCUCAAAGUGCCCACAAUUUAUUAACAUUUAUCGAAUGCCACCUUUUUUUAAAGUGUAGUAGUUAAAAAAUAUUAUUUUAAAAUUAUAACUUAAAUUUUUUUAAUUUAUGUAUGUAUCAAAAUUACAACGAAGAAACGAUUUUGUUAUAACCAUCUUUUGCGACUUGUUUCCUAAGCUUUUAGUGUGCUAACCGAGUUUAUUGGAAUUAUUGAGAAUUUAAAGAAACGUAAUAAAGCAAUAAUUUCUACUAAAUACAUAGAUUUAAAAAAAUAUAAAUAUAAAAACAAAAUAAAAUAAAAAAUUUUGAAGUUUG